AUGUUUGGCUGGGGUAAAUCACCGGAGGUACGUGGGAAAGACGGAUCAAAGAAAUCCGAGCCUUUUGACUUGGGGAAUCUCGGAAUAGAUACUUUUAACGACAAUUUUGAGCUUCCUCCGGAUAGCGAUGUUCUAAAUGAAGAGGAUUUGAACGAUCCUGCCUUAUUGGAAGAGUUACAAGCGCUUUCAACUGGAAAUCCGAAACCUAAGCAAACAACUAAAUCGGCACCUAAAUCAAAGCCAAAACCUCCACCAAGCUCGAUAGCGGUUGCACCUGCAAUUGACGUUGAUGCAUUGGGCGCUUUAGGAAUUCCGAAUGAUGACGAAGACAUCGAGGUUGCAUUUGACGAGGAAGAUAUGAAGGAUCCAGCCUUGUUAAAUGAAUUACGUGGAUUGGGUUACCAGAGUGACAACGACAAGGAUAACACGGACGUUAAACAAAGAAAGAGCGCGUUGGAAACGAAUGAACACAAACAAAAAGAUGUGCUCAGGACUAAGAUGGAGAUUCAGGUUCGAUCAAUUUCAACAGUGUCCAAAAAUGACAAAGAAGUAUUCCAUUCGCAAGUUCAACAAAAAGAUGACCCAUCAGCAAUUGGCCAAUCAGUUUCAAUAACAAGCGAUGUUGAGAAAGUUGUUUCGUUUUCGCAAACUCAGCCAACGGGUGACUCAUUGAAAAAUGAUACUCCAAUUGAUGUCAUGCUGCUGGAAGAAAAUAUUGAUACGUUGACCAAAUACAUACAACAAGAGAAACUCAAAGCUGUGUCUAAAAAUCGCGCUGGGGAUAAAGCAGGUGCAAUGGAGGCUAUGAGAGCUUAUAAACAAUUAGAAGUUAGACGUGAUCAAAUAUUAGGGAAAAAAUCAACUACUUCAAAUGAAAGUUCUCAGAGUAAUGUUCAGAUGAAAUUGCCUGCAGUUUCUAAACCAGCGGAGAACAUAAAAUCUCAACAAACUAAUUUGACAUUAAACCCUGAACUCAUUGCAUCUAUAAGGCUGCGACAGGAGCAAUAUAUGCAGGCCAUGAAUAUUUUUAAGAACACAAAUUAUCAGAGAGCCAAAGAGUAUAUGGCUGUCGCAAAAAACUUACAGGCAGUUUUGCAAUCCCUAAUAAAUGGCGAUCAAUUGCCUGAAGGUUGGACUUUGCCUAAAGAACCUGAUGUUUCAGAGAAGGCACAGCCACCUGCUCCAUCAACGCCAAAGAAAAAGGUCGCUGCAAAUGUUACUCCUAAAUCGACGCCUAAACAGAGAGUCUUAACUGCAAUUGAUGCGACCAAAUCGCAGUUAUUGGAUGAGGAAGAAAGACUACUGACAACGAUGUCAAAAGAAGAUCAAUAUGCUCGGCUAUUAGCCAAAUUGGAAUCACAAAUUUCACUAUGUACAACAAUAUCAGCUUAUUAUCUUAAAUCUGGAGACAAGUCACAGGCUUCAUUCUUUCAUAAAUAUAAGAAGACGUUUAUUGCCGAUUUGGAAUCGUUGACUUCUUAUCAAAAGCAUGGCAAAGACAUACCACCCUUUCAUUAUAAGGAAGUGACAUAUAAUGUCGAAAAUGCAUUUUUCGAUCUAUCGGCGAAUGAUAUGGAAGUUUGUAUCGAGAAGGCUUGGAGCCUGGGAAAUAAAGAAGUUAACGGAAAAGAUGUUGAAGCUUACGUGAAUUUCGAUAUUGGGUGGCCACCAGAAGGUAGUCCUGGAGCGGGUAGCGGAAAGGGUGAUACGUCCGUUGCAAAAAGAGGCAUGGACCCAGAAUUUAACUGGAAAAAGACUUUAAGCAUAGAGCGUAAUAAGGCUUUCCAGCGUCAUAUAGAUCGAAAAAAGGCAUUAUUUGAAGUAUUUCAUUAUCGUGGUUUUUUCAGAAAAGCCACUUCUCUUGGUAAAGCUCAGGUUAAGCUAGACUCUUUGGCCAAUAAGUCCGAAAUACAUGAAGUUGUUGAGCUUGUUGAUAAUAAUCGUAGGCCAACUGGUGGUAAACUAGAGAUUCGCUUGCGCUUGAGGGCUCCCUUAUUAAAAGCCGAUGUCAUCUCAAAAACGGAAAAGUGGUUAAUUAUUGAUGAUCUUAAUACAAAUCAUCCUUUGCAUGCAACACCUAAACCUUCAGCAUCAUCUUCUGAUGUAACAUCCUCGAAGUCUAGUUCAACGUCAACGCCACUACGAAAAAAUCCCAUUAAUCCAGACACAUCAGAAGCUGAGAUCCCGAUUUUGCCGAAAGCUACUACCACAAAUGAAUUCUGCGAAACUCCAUCGCAGGUAUCCGCGCCUGCUGUGCAAAAAUUGUCUACGCAUACCAAAAAUGUGCAAUCAACAGAUGUUGAUCAGGAUGAAUUGGAACAUGCUGAAGAACAAUUAAAUAACGUUGAUUUACUGGUUUCAAGCAAAUUGCUUCAACAGGAAAGUGAAAUAAUUGAUGCAGAAAUUGCGACGCUAAAUGCACAACAAAAACCUGUUCCGGAUGAACUAUUGGACCGAAAAUCGGCGAUUCAAAUUAAGAUGAGUCUGAUGGAAGUGCAAGUACAAACUGGGCAGCUGACGAUUGAUAAAUAUAUAGAACAGGUAAAGGCCAGCGUUGUUAGCUGCAAAAAAUUAGCAUUGGUAUUUAAGAAAGCUGGCAAGUUAGAAGCAGCUAAGAAGGUUCUGGUAAGAAGUAAAGUUAUGGAAGGUGAGGUGAAAGAGAUCGAGGAAGCAAUGGCAAGUGGCGCAAUGGGUGGUGAAUAG